AACUAAUUUACCACAAAUAAAAUCUUUAAUGCGUGUAUGGAUGGAUUUCCCACUUUUCCUUCCCUGGUUCCAGAAAUGGCCUCCAAACGCCAAGCGCCAACCAGAGCAUUUGCGCUCCAUAUUUCUACCCCCAAAAUACCCUUUUCUUGACGUUAAAUUUCCAUUCUCCCUGUUUGCACCAGGAACACGUUAUAUUAUUAAAAACACUUGCACUUGAGAGCUUCUUGAAUCUGGUGGCGGCCAGUGAGUGACCUGAGAAUGGUGGAACCGGUAAACCACCAGCACGAGGAGGAGCUUUCACUGUUGCCCCUCAACAGCAAUGGUGAUCAGUCAUGGCGGUUAAACUUCGAUGGAUAUCACCUAUCUGCGGAGCACAAAGAGAAAAAGCCGCCUCAUGGCCGCCAUGAUUGCCUUGGUGUUUUAGGUCCAGAAGAUGAUGUUGCUGAUUACUAUCAGCAGCAGGUGGAAAUGCUUGAGGACUUUAAUGAAAUGGAUGCCUUAGCAGAGCGUGGCUUUAUUCCUGGAAUGUCAAAGGAAGAGCAGGAUAAUUUGGCUAGAAGUGAGACCUUUGCUAUCAGAAUAUCAAAUUUUGCCAAUAUGGUUCUGUUUUCUGCUAAGGUUUAUGCAUCCAUCAGAAGUGGUUCAUUAGCCAUUAUUGCUUCCACAUUGGACUCUCUGCUUGAUCUUCUAUCUGGCUUCAUCUUGUGGUUUACUGCAUUCACUAUGCAAACACCAAACCCAUAUCAGUACCCUAUUGGAAAGAAGCGCAUGCAACCAUUGGGAAUUCUUGUUUUUGCCUCUGUCAUGGCAACUCUGGGACUACAGAUAAUCUUGGAGUCAGUACGCACAUUGUUUUCUGAUGAGAAUGAAUUUGAUUUGACCAAAGAGCAAGAACAUUGGGUUGUGGGUAUUAUGCUUUCAGUGACUUUGGUAAAGCUUUUGCUGAUGGUUUAUUGCCGCUCUUUUACUAAUGAGAUCAUUAAAGCUUAUGCCCAGGAUCAUUUUUUUGAUGUUGUUACAAAUAUCAUCGGCCUUAUUGCCGCACUUCUUGCUAAUUACAUGGAAGAUUGGAUGGACCCUUUUGGGGCCAUAAUUCUGGCCUUGUACACCAUUCGCACAUGGUCAAUGACAGUGUUGGAGAAUGUGAAUUCCCUUGUUGGAAAAUCAGCUACUCCGGAUUAUCUGAAGAAACUCACGUACCUUUGUUGGAACCAUCACAAGGCUGUUAGACAUAUUGAUACAGUCCGGGCUUACACCUUUGGAUCUCACUACUUUGUUGAGGUUGACAUUGUGCUGCCUGCAAACAUGCCCUUGGAAGAGGCUCAUGACAUUGGGGAAUCCCUACAGGAGAAGCUUGAGUUGCUGCCAGAGAUUGAGCGUGCCUUUGUUCAUCUUGAUUAUGAGUACACACACAAGCCUGAGCAUGCACCGUCACAUCCAUAGUAACAACGAACAUUGAUCCCUUUUUUAUUCUGUUGUUUUGGUUUUCUCCAAACAAGGUCUACAAUGUGUUUUAAGUCCAUGAAGCUUAGGCCUUUGUGCAAAUGAUUGUUGACUGUAAAUUCCACUAAUGCACUGGUUUUCAAUUGAGAAUUCGUGGAUGUUCAGACUAGGGAAGAUGGUCUGGAGAAAAUAUUGUCCACAGAUUAAGACUUGCACUAGAUUUGAGAAUCAAUGAUCAAAUACACUUUAAUUUUUGCUCCA